AUGACGCAAUUCUGCCAACUGCCCUCGCGUGCGCUGAGCUCCAUGCAGAAGCUAAGCGCCCUGGACUUUGACUACAACGAGAUUGUGCGCAUCGAGGACUACAGCUUCUAUGGGCUGCGCGUCUCCAAGCUGAACAUCAAGGGCAAUCGGCUGCAGGCCAUACCGGAGCACGGCUUCGCCGGACUGGAGGACUGCAUGCAGGAGAUUGACGUGUCGGAGAAUGGCUUGCGCACGUUUCCGAUGAUGGCGCUGCGCAAGCUGGACCAUCUGCGCAUCCUGCGGCUCUCCAACAACAAGAUAUCCACCUUCUAUGGCGACAUUCAGCUGGCCACAAACAACGCCUCGGCGGCAGCGGCGACAGCAGCUGCUCUGCAGCUGCCCUCGUUGAUACUGCUGGAUCUCAGCUCCAAUCAGUUUAGCGAGAUUGCGCACGAUUGCUUUCGCGCGUUCCCGCAGCUGAAGACGCUGUCCUUCUACGCCAACCAGAUCGAGAUCGUGCAGCCGGAAGCGUUCAGAAGCCUCAAGGAGCUCAUGUCGCUGGACAUGUCGCACAAUCGCAUCAUCACGCUCGAUCCGAAGGUCUUCGACAAGAACAAGCGCCUGCAGACGGUCGAUCUGAGCCACAAUCACAUACACGCCAUCAGUGGGGUGUUCUCCAAUCUGCCGCAGCUGCGCGAGGUUUUCCUGUCCGAGAAUAAUAUACUGGAGCUGCCCGCGGACGCGUUUACCAAUUCGACCAAUGUGGAUGUCAUUUAUCUGGAGUCGAACGGCAUUGCGCACAUUGAUCCCAAUGUGUUCAGCACCUUGGCCAACUUGGAUCACCUGUAUUUGCGGUCAAAUUUCAUACCCCUGGUGCCCGUCACGCUGUUCGACAAGUGCACGAAGCUUUCGUCGCUUUCGCUGGACAACAACGAGAUUCAAGACCUGGAGAUCGGCAUGUUCCGCAAGCUGGAGCAGUUGCGUGAGGUGCGCCUGCACAACAAUCGCAUACGGCGCGUGAGGAAGGGCGUCUUCGAGCCGCUGCCGGCGCUGCAGGAGCUGCACAUACAAAAGAACAAUAUCGAGGACAUUGAGCCCGGCGCCUUCCACACCCUGGCCAACAUGCAGCACAUAAAUCUGCAGGACAAUCAGCUGACUGUAUUGGAGGACAUAUUUCCGGAGCAGAACUCCUCGCUGCUCUCCAUACAGCUGGAGGCGAACUAUCUGCACAAGAUCCAUCAGCGCACGUUCCGGCAGCAGCAGCGCAUACAGAUCAUGUGGCUGCGGGACAAUCAGCUGGUUAAGAUCGAUCGAUCGCUGUUCGUGGACACGCCGCACCUGGGCCGACUCUACCUGAGCAACAAUCGCAUACGCGAAAUCGAGAAGGACACCUUCGUCAGCCUGGGCCUGCUCAAGUUUCUCGACCUGAGCGGCAAUCAGCUGCGUCAGCUGCGCCGCGACUACUUCGCAACGCUUCACAGCCUGGAGGAGCUGAGCCUGGCCCACAAUCAGAUCGAGGCCAUUGAGGGCUACGCCUUUAGCCGGCUCAAGCAGCUCAAGUCGCUGGAUCUCUCACACAAUCCGCUGGUGCAGCUGACGCGAGACAUAUUUCUGGACGAGCUGCCGCUGAGCACGCUCAAUCUGCGCAACACCUCGCUGCGCAAGCUGGAGCAGCACACGUUCAAGUCCAUGCAGAAUCUGAAUGAGCUCAAUCUGGAGCGCAAUCAGCUCAACCCGGCGGACAUACAGAAGCUGGACGUGCCCAGCCUGCGGCGUCUGCAUCUCUCGCACAACAACUUCAGCCAUGUGGGCAUUGGCGGCGGCAUGGGCGGCAUCAUGUCUGGCAUGUUCGAUAAGCUGCGCUCCCUGCAGCAGCUGUCGAUGGCCAACUGCAGCUUGAGCAACAUACCCGAUCAGCUCUUUGCCAAGAACACGAACUUGGUGCGCAUCGAUCUGUGUGACAAUCAGUUGGUGGAGAUGAAUCGCAACAUCUUCAAUGGGCUGAACGUCUUUAAGGAGUUGCGUCUGUGCCGCAACAAUCUGGUCGAGUUCCCACACAUUGCCCUGUACAAUCUGAGCACGCUGGAGACACUGGAUCUGGCCAAGAAUCAGCUGAACUCCAUUGAUUUCUUCAAGCUGAGCGGCACGCUCAAUCUGCGGCAGCUGGUGCUGCGCGACAAUAAGAUCAACUCGCUGAGCGGCUUCAAUGCGGUCAACCUAACCCAGCUGGACAACGUGGAUCUCAGCGGCAAUCUGUUGCUCUCGCUGCCGGCCAACUUUCUGCGGCACUCGAUCAAUCUGCAACGCGUCGACUUGUCCAGCAAUCGGUUCCUGCAGAUACCCAGCUCAGCGCUGUCGGACGGGUCUAUACCGCGGCUGUCCUGGCUCAAUUUGACCGGCAAUCCCAUAAACAAGAUCUAUACGGUGAAGGAGGAGCGCUAUCUGUAUCUCAAGGAGCUGUACAUCUGCCAGACGAACCUCUCCAUACUCACAUCGAAGGACUUUGAAGCCUUCCAGGCGCUGCAGCAUCUGCAUUUGGUCAACAACCGCAUCACACGCAUCUCGCCUGGGGCCUUCAGGUCGCUGGUGAAUCUGCUCACCCUGGACAUCAGCGUCAACGAGCUGGAAAUGCUGCAGGAGCGUUUGCAGGGGCUGCGACUGCUGCGACUGCUCAACAUAUCGCACACGCUCAAGGAUCUGGACGAGUUCAGCAGCGAGCUGGGCCAGCUGCAGACGCUGGACCUUAGCUUCAAUCAGCUGGAUCGCAUCUCCAAGAAGACCUUCCGCAAUCUGCACGGCCUCGUCGAGCUGCUGCUGAUGGGCAAUCGCAUGACGGCUCUAUCCAACGACGGCUUUCGCUAUUUGCGCAAAUUGCAUCUGCUCGAUCUGCGGAAAAACUACUUUGAGCUGGUGCCACUGGAGCCGCUGAGGCCACUCGAAACGAAUCUGCGUACAUUGAAGCUGGAGGAGAAUCCACUGCAUUGCAGCUGCGAUGCACAAAAGCUCUGGGAAUGGCUGCGGGAUCAUCGCAAAUGGUCGCUAUCGCCGACGGGCGGCGAUAACAUUAAUUAUCUGAGGUGCGAACACCCAACGGAGCUGCGCGGCAAGGUGUUUGGUCGCAUGGAGCCGCAGCAAUUUUGUGAUGCCCCAUUAAUACCCAAAAUGGCCAUACAGGACAUACAGCCCUAUUCGGUGGUCGUUUCCUGGCAGAGUCGCGACCAUUUGGGCCUCACUGGCUUUGAAAUUGUUUACCACGCCACCGGCGAUGGACUCAUUGCGGCACCAACCGACCGCGACGACACCCGAGGCCGAGCGGACAAUCAUCGAGAGCGGGACAGGGAUAGGGAUAGGGAUAUGGCUGCCGAACGCGACCGGGACUACGAUUUGCCACGCCAGCACAACGAGCUCGAGCGCGACAGAGAGAGGGAGCGUCUGGCCCAGUUUGCUGCCACGGAUGAGAUACACGGCAAGCGGCUAAACGGCACGGCCAGCUCAACAAAGCUAACGAAAUUGAGUCCCAACACGCGCUAUCACAUCUGCGUCAUCGGCACGGGUAAUUGGCUCUCGGAGCCUUUGGCCAAUGCGCUACAAAGGCUGCACUACAAUGAGUCGCGGGACGACCUGCUGCUCGGCAUGACAGCUGUUGGAGAUGUGCCACUGGCGGCCGCCCUGCCCUCCAUGCCGGACAGCUAUUCGCCGUAUCAGCAUAUGAACGGCGCCAUCCACGAGCAGCAGCAGCAGGCGCUGAUUGAGAACAGCAUUGUGACGGACAAGGCGCUGCAUGAGGUGCUCAAGAACUCGCAUAUCUCGGCCUGCACCGAUGUCCAGACGCUGGACUCCACGCCCAGCCUAAUUACGGAUGAGAACGGCUUGUCCAGCAACGGAUUUAUACACUCGAUACUGACGCGUCGCCUGGGUCUGAUUGUCGGCUGCUGCUUGGGCAUCAUCGUGUUUAUUGUGAUGAUCUCGGUGCUCAGCUACGUGAAGCUCAAGAAGCAGCGCAUCGAGAAUGCCAAGCGACAGGCGGCCAUGCCGCCCGAAUACAUCUCCUAUCGCCACUUCUCCAUACCCAACGAGGAGCUGACGCGCACCGCUGCCAGCGUCAACAGCGCUGCGGCCGCUGCAGCCGCCGCCUCGGCAGCAACAGUGUCAGCAGGUGGCGCACAUGGCAUGGCCAGCGUGCCGAGCGGUAUCAGUGCGCAUAUAAGUGGCACGAGCUUGAGCACCGGCACACACCACCACCACAGCAACCACACCAUUGGCGGCAUACCCUUGGCCAUGGCCAAGUCGGGCACCGCAGCCCCAUCAUGGGCAUUGCGGGUCUCGUUGUGGAAAACGGCGAUGCAGCGGGCAGCAUUGUUGCCGUAG